UGUAGUGACCCAAGAUUGAACAAAGAAAAACAGAUCAGACCCCUAUUACUGCAUGGAGGAGAUCUGGGUUUUGUGAUCGCUGUUCUUUUGUGCUGGGAGCUGUGAUUGUGAUCAAUUCUGAUAUAUGACAAGAUCAGGAGAAGCUAUGGAGGCUGGAGGUUUGCACUGCAACAGACAAAGGCAAGUCCUGUUUUUCUUUCUUCUCGGGGGACUAUCUUUGGCAAGUUCUGAGUUUGGACGAUAUUCAGUGACAGAGGAAAGAGUGAAGGGAUCACUUGUGACCAAUAUCGCAAAAGAUCUGGGUUUAGAGGUGCAGGAGCUGAUUGCGAGGGGAGCCAGGGUGGUUUUGGAUGAUAAUAAACAACAUUUGCUCUUGGAUGCUCACACUGGGGAUUUGCUGACAAAUGAGAAACUGGACCGGGAGAAGCUUUGUGGCCAAAAUGAGCCCUGCAUACUAUAUUUCCAGAUUUUAUUAGAUAACCCCUUUCAGAUUUACCGGGCUGAGCUAAGGAUCUGGGACAUAAAUGAUCAUUCGCCAGUGUUUCAGGACAAACAGAUGGUUUUAAAAAUAUCAGAAAAUACAGCUGAAGGGACAGCAUUUAGACUGGAAAGAGCACAGGAUUCAGAUGGAGGACUUAAUGGGAUCCAGAACUAUACCAUCACCCCCAACUCCUUUUUCCAUGUUGAAAUUAAUAAUAAUGAUGAAGGACUUAUAUAUCCAGAGCUAGUACUGGACAGGACACUUGAUCGGGAGACACAACAGGAUGUCAUUUUAACACUCACAGCAAUGGAUGGAGGGUCUCCACCCAGGUCUGGGAUGACAAUUAUAUACAUUGUAAUUGUGGAUGUCAAUGACAAUGCGCCAGAGUUUUCUCAGGCAAUCUAUGAGACCCAAGUUCUGGAGAAUAGCCCAGUAGGGUCCAUCAUUGCUAAAGUUUCUGCAAGAGAUAGUGAUUCUGGAAUUUAUGGAAACAUAUCUUUUUCAUUUUUUGAAGCUUAUGAAGAUAUUAGAAAAACUUUUCAAAUCAAUCCUUUUUCUGGGGAAAUUAUGCUUAAAGUGUUGCUGGACUAUGAGCUAAUAAAGUCUUAUAAAAUAAAUAUACAAGCAAUGGAUGGUGGGGGGCUUUCUGCAAGGUGUACAGUUUUGGUAAAGGUAUUGGACACCAAUGACAACCCCCCUGAACUCAUCAUGUCAUCAAUAGUCAACUAUGUGCCUGAGAAUUCCCCUGAUACUCAAAUAGCUGUUUUUAAGAUUAAAGAUAGAGACUCUGGAGAAAAUGGAAAGAUGAUGUGCAACAUUCAAGAUAAUCUGCCUUUCCUCCUAAAACCGUCUGUGGAGAAUUUUUAUAUAUUAAUGACAAAUGGAGAACUAGACAGAGAGAGCCAGGCAGAGUACAACAUCACCAUCACGGUGACAGAUAUGGGCACCCCCAGGCUGCAAACACAGCACACCAUCACAGUGCUGGUGUCCGACGUGAACGACAACGCCCCCGCCUUCAGCCAGCCCUCCUACACCCUGCUGGUAGGCGAGAACAACAGCCCUGCACUGUACAUAGGCAGCGUGAGCGCCACUGACCCCGACGCAGGCAGCAACGCCCAGGUGACCUACUCGCUGCUUCCUUCCCAAGACCCACAGCUGCCGCUCUCCUCGCUGGUGUCCAUCAACGCCGACAACGGGCAGCUGUUCGCGCUGCGCUCGCUGGACUUCGAGGCCGUGCGCACCUUCGAGUUCGGCGUGGGCGCGUGGGACCGCGGCUCGCCCGCGCUCAGCAGCCAGGCGCGGGUGCGCGUGCUGGUGCUGGACCGCAAUGACAAUGCGCCCUUCGUGCUGUACCCGCUGCAGAACGCGUCGGCGCUCUGCAGCGAACUGGUGCCCAGGGCGGCAGAGGCGGGCUACCUGGUGACCAAGGUGGUGGCGGUGGACAGCGACUCGGGCCAGAACGCCUGGCUGUCGUUCCAGCUGCUCAAGGCCACGGAGCCCGGGCUCUUCAGCGUGUGGGCGCACAAUGGCGAGGUGCGCACUGCGCGGCCGCUCAGCGAACGCGACGCGCCCAAGCACAGGCUGCUGGUGCUGGUCAGGGACAAUGGCGAGCCGCCACUGUCGGCCAGCGUCACGCUGCACGUGCUGCUGGUGGACGGCUUCUCGCAGCCCUUCCUGCCACUGCCCGACGCGCCGCCCGACGCGCCUCCCGAUGACCGCCUCACCGUCUACCUGGUGGUGGCCUUGGCCUGCGUGUCCUCGCUCUUCCUCUUCUCCGUACUGGCCUUCGUGGCGGUGCGCCUGUGCAGACGGGCCGGCCCGCCCGCUGGGGGCCCCUACCCGCUGCCUGACGCGCACUUCCCAGGACACCUGCUGGACGUCAGUGGCGCUGGGACCCUUUCGCACAGCUACCAGUAUGAGGUGUGUCUGGCAGGGGGCGCUGGCACGAAUGAGUUCAAAUUCCUCAAGCCUAUCUUGCCAGAUUUUCAGGAUCACGCUGCUGGAACCAAUAGUGAAGAAAACCCCACCUUCCGCAAUAGCUUUGGGUUUAAUUUUUCGUAA